AUGAAGAGAAAAGAAAAAAGGGAGAGGGUAGUUAGAGAGAAAGGGGAGACAAAAGCAGAAAAGAAAGAAGGUGAAGUUGUAUCAUCUCAUCUGAGCGCAAUGCCCCCUGAAAGUAGGCAACCAUACUAUUUGCCUCCUGCAAGUUUCAUACAACAGAAACAGAAUGGAAAAGUAUCUCUGAAGGCUUUGAAGAAGUAUGCAACUUUCCUAAUUGUGUAGGAGCCGUAGAUGGCAAGCAUGUUCAAAUCAAACCACCACCGGGUAGCGGAGCAUUUUAUUAUAAUUACAAAAGUUAUAACAGUUUACUUCUCAUGGCUAUAUGUAAUGCAAAUUAUGAAUUUAUAAUGUGUGAUUUUGGUACCACCGGUCGAAUAUCGGAUGGAGGAUUCAUAGCAUGCACUCAUUUCUACACAAAAUUAAAAAAAAAACUUUAAAGCUGCCACCUGCAACAUGCCCACGAAACAGUGACAGAGAGCUACCAUUUGUAUUCGUUGGAGAUGAAGCUUUUGUAUUACGUAGUGAUUUCUUAAAACCUUACAGUCAAAACGACCUGAAUCAUGAUCGAAAAAUUUAUGAUUACCGCUUAUCAAGGGCACGAUACAAAAUUGAAAAUUCAUUUGGCAUACUAUCAGCAAGAUUUCAAGUACUUCAGUCAGCUAUCAGUCUACAGAUAGAAUCGAUAGACAAGGUCGUAAGGCUUGCUGCGUCCUGCAUAAUUUCUUAAGACGCAAAUGCAGUCAGUUUUACACACCAAUGGAUUCUUUAGAUCAAGAAAAUCGUACAGACGGAACGGUGCAAAUGGGGCUUAGAGCAAAUCCUUCGCAACUAGCAAACCUGCAAUGUAGCCAUAGCAGAAACUUCAGUAGCGAAGCAAGUCAUGUGCGUCGAGAGUUUACUCAAUUUUUUAACGAAGAAGGGGCUCUGAGUUGGCAAGAACGAAUGAUACAAUAAUAAUUAAUGGUGCCAUCAUAACAAUCAAAAUUUUUGCUUUUUUCGUCAGUUUAAGAAGUAGUUUUCUGAAUUAUUAUCACUUAAAAAUUAAAGCU